CACACGUCAAUCAUCUAGCCACGCCCCUCUGGUGGGCGGAGUCUGCGCGGCCUGAUAGUGACCUGAUCGCUGCGCGUUCAUCAUCAUCACACCGACACUGAACACUGCUGCAGCAUGGACCGAGGAUAUUCUUCAGGUUUCUCUGGAUGGGGAGGAUCCGGUGGAGGAGGAGGAGGAUCAUCCAGAGGCUCGGGCAGUUACGACCUGUACGGCUAUAAAGACUCGAUGUCCGGCGGCGGGUUCGGAGGGAGCGGUUACGGGUCAAACGAGCGGAUGAAGAGAGGUCUGUCGGGAGGAUCUCUGCUCUCCUCCGGUGCGACCGCAGACGCCGUCAUCGCUAAAAUCAACCAGCGGCUGGACAUGCUGACGCAGCUGGAGGGAGGCAUGAAGAGCAGCGCUCGCGGUGACAGGUUUGACCAAUACGAGUCUUUCGACUCGCGCUCCGCCUCCCUCGGCCCCCGAGAUCUCUACAGAUCCGGUAGCUUUGGUUACAGCGACUCCCGGGGCGACAUGAUGGCCCAGCGCGGAGGCGUGGGCUUUGGGGUCAUGGGCGGAGCUGGAGGGGGCGGGUCCGGCUUUGAUGGCUUCGGAUCUGCCAAAAUGCGGUCGAAUCGAGACUCCGCCUUCUCGGGCUCCGGCUGGGGGGCGGGGCAGAGAUCCCCGCGCAGGGGCGGAGCUUCCGGGGGCCGCGGCUUCAACCGCAGGCAGGACUCCUCCUCCUCCGCUGGCAUGGGGGGCAGAAGUGGGCGGGGCGGAGGCCAAGGCCACUCCCCCGCCGGGCGAGGAAAGCUGCCCUCGCUGCUCUCCAAUCGCAUGUACCCCGACAGCGGGGCCUUCCAGUCUCAGCGCGGGCCCCAGGACUUCCGGAGCUUCGGAGGGGGCCCGAGGGCCAACCGGCAGCGCGGCCGCAAGAGACCCCUGAACCGACAGGUGAAGGGUCAGCGCGACGGACAGAAGAAGAGGAAACAGACUCUGAGCGCCACCGACGAGCCCGAGUCCAAGAUGGGCAAGACUGAGACCGCAAGAGAAAAGAGGGCCUCCGAUGCAGCCGCUGAGGAACAGAAGCAGGAGUCAGAGGAGGCGAACGCCGCCGCCGCCGCCGCUGCUGACAACAGACCAGAAGAUGGAGGAGAGAGUGCUGCUACAUCCAAUCAGGACGAGGGUGCUCAGGCCAAGGCGAAACAGACUCCACCCCCUGCAUCCAAAAUCAGGAAGAGGAGGGGCUUCUUUGAAAGGUCAGGGGUCAAAGUGUCAGCUCACAGGGUGAUCUUCGCCUGCUCCGUCUGCAAGUUCCGCUCGUUCUACAGCGAGGACAUGCACGCCCAUCUGGAGAGCAAGUUCCACAAGGAUCACUUCAAGUUUCUGUCCAAUCAGCUGUCAAAGCCCACCACCGACUUCCUGCAGGAGUAUCUGAAUAAUAAGUUCAAGAAGACGGAGCAGCGAGUGAGUCAGAUAGAAAAUCACAGCGCCACCAUCUGUCAGGUGUUCAAAGAGCAGGAUCUGACGCGAGAUAUCGGCAUGGAGCACUUCAUGAAGAAGGUGGAAGCCGCUCACUGCUCGGCGUGUGACGUCUUCAUCCCCAUGCAGUACAUGCUGAUCCAGAAGCACCUCAAGUCACCGGACCACAACUACAACCGCAAGGGCAUGAUGGAGCAGUCCAAGAGGGCGAGUCUGUCCGUGGCGCGCAGCAUCCUCAACCACAAGGUCAUCGGCAAGAAGCUGGAGAGCUACCUGAAGGGAGAAAACCCGUUCAACGGCAGCCAGGACGACCAGGAUCCCGAGGACUCCAUGGUGAUGGAGGUGUCGGAGGCCGAUCUCACCAAUGAGAGCCUGAAUGAGGUCAAACAGGAAGAGGAGGGGCCUCAGGCAGAAGGGGCGGAGCCUGCAGCAGAAGCUGUGGGAAACGGGGAGGGGCAUGAUGAGGAAAUGAAGAUGGAGACUGGCGGAGCAGCAGAGGAGGCGGAGGAGGAGGAGGGCGUGGAGGUGGAGGAGGGCGUGGAGGGCGUGGAGGUGGGCGAGGAGGAGGCGGCGGAGCUCGCGGUCAGCAUAGACGCAGGAGCGACGGGAGACGCUGACGCCGCGCCCGUCGAGUAGCCGUAAACUAAACAGCUGAUUAGUGUUUGUUUGAAGAAUCAGUUCUACAUCCUAUUCCUUUGAACUUUAUAUGAAAUCUGACCCUGGGCCAGGGCAGAAAUCCCAGAAUGCACUCUGCAGCCUGAGGACCAAUCAGAAUAGACCAGUCGUCUUGUGUUCAUCCAAUCACAGGAUUGCUCCGCCCUUAUACGCCUGUGCCGUUUGGUCCGAUUAGAUACGCGCGUGCGUCAUGUGACUGUUGAUGUGCCUCUUGAGAUUUCAGUUUGUCAUGUCUUUACACGCUGAAGUAAAACGUUUAAUUUCCUUCUUUUGAUUUUUAUUUUGUCGUUUUCGCUCGUUUAUAUCAUUUGGUUUCAUGGAUGUGGCCUGUAGAAAUUAAAUGGUUUAAUUUUGCAGUUUCCACUCAUUGUUUUUUCUCUUGUGUUGAGGAAAUAAAUGUUUGUAAAGUCA